ACACACACACACACACACCCCUUCCCCACAUCUGUUUUUUUUUAAGUUUGGUAAGUGGAGAAAACGGCUCCUAAGUGAGGGGCAGCUGUGAAAUCAAAGAAAGGGUCUUAGUUUUGGAUUUAGAGAGAGCUAGAUUUGCAUCCUCAGUUUGAUCUAGGUCUGAGCCUCAGUUUCCUUAUCUGUAAAAGGAGGGUUUUUUUUUAAAAAUAAGAUUAACGUAAGGAUUAAACCAGAUGAUGGCUAGGUUUCAGAUCUGCAGCCUGAAACCUAGUUCCUGGCUCAGAGGAGAGCAUUUGUGGAGUUGAUGCUAUCAGUGAGGAAGACUGGCAUGCCUGUUGCUUAAUGGAAAUGCCCUCUGUCCUGCCCUGCUCCUUUCUCUCUCUCCUGCUUCCCAGGAGGCCUUUUCCUGACUGAUUACUCCACCUGCUCACCCCGCAAGCUGAGUCCUUUCCGCUCCUUUGCCAGCACUGAGCUCUUCCACUUCCAUGUUCCCGAGGACACAUUCCUGGCUGUUUGGAACCUCAUCAUCUUCAAGGAGCAAGGGGGAACCUUUGGGGACCACUGCCCAGACCAAAGUGUGACUGUGUAUUUCCGGUCCGGGGCACCCCCUGUCAUCAAUCCCCUGCAUACACACUUCCCAGGGGACACAGCUGUGCCUGGGGUUUUCUCACUGACCCUCAGCUGGACACUGCCCAACCGCACCUCAGGCAUCUUUAACGUCAGCAGCCCCUUACCUGGGGACUGGUUCUUGGCUGCCCACCUUCCCCAGGCCCAUGGCCACAUCUCUGUCAAGGCAAUCUGUGCACCUGGUACAACAUUCAAACGGUACAAAAGACAUACAGUGGAAAGGUCUCCAGGAUGAGUGUCAGUACCUCCUUCAGCCGCAGCUGAUUGUCCGGCGUUUGCUGGACGUUGCUGUACUGGUUCCUGGCCGGCCCUCAGAGCAAACCCUCUCCCCACACAAUCGCUCAGCGCUCUACAAGGUCUUUGUGCCCAGCUUCACUUACAGGGUUUCAGCACAGCUGGCGUGUGUGGGGGGCCGCGGGGUAUCUGCCUGCCCCCUGUCACUGCGUCUGCGUCCCAAAGCCCCACCCCUGCACAACUCAAGCUCUGUGGCCUGUGGAGGUGCCUCGGGAUGCCAACUAGAGCUGGCACUGCCCCCCUGGGGGCACUGGGUCUACGUGCGUGUGGAAACAUCAUCCCGGGGCCCUGGUAGGACCAUCCGCUUCCAGCUGUGUGUGCGGUUGCAAGAGUGCCCACAGCCCGGCCUGCUUCGAGCCCUGGUCCCUGGAGCUGCCAUGAACAUGCCCCAGUCACUGGGCAACCAGCCACUGCCCCCAGAGCCACCAUCCCUUGGAACCCCUGCGGAGGGGCCUGGGACCACAUCCCCACCCGAGCACUGCUGGCCAGUGCGCCCGACUCUGCGCAACGAGCUGGACACCUUCUCUGUCCACUUCUACAUCUUCUUUGGCCCCAGUGUGGCCCUUCCCCCUGAGCGCCCAGCCGUGUUCGCCAUGAGGCUGUUGCCAGUGCUGGACAGUGGAGGCGUCCUCAGCCUGGAGCUCCAGCUCAAUGCGAGCUCCGUGCGCCAGGAAAACGUGACAGUGUUUGGAUGCUUGACCCACGAGGUGCCCUUGAGCCUGGGGGAUGCAGCAGUGACCUGUUCCAAAGAGUCCCUGGCCGGCUUCCUCCUCUCCGUCAGUGCCACUACCAGGGUUGCCAGGCUGCGAAUCCCAUUCCCGCAGACGGGGACCUGGUUCCUGGCCCUUCGCUCCCUGUGCGGGGUGGGGCCUCGGUUCGUGCGGUGCCGCAACGCGACAGCCGAGGUGCGGAUGCGCACCUUCCUGUCCCCAUGCGUGGACGACUGCGGGCCGUAUGGCCAGUGCAAGCUGCUGCGCACACACAACUAUCUGUAUGCAGCCUGCGAGUGCAAGGCUGGGUGGAGAGGCUGGGGCUGCACCGACAGUGCAGAUGCGCUCACCUAUGGAUUCCAGCUGCUGUCCACACUCCUGCUCUGCCUGAGCAACCUCAUGUUUCUGCCACCUGUGGUCCUGGCCAUUCGGAGUCGAUAUGUGCUGGAAGCUGCUGUCUACACCUUCACCAUGUUCUUCUCCACGGUAUGCGGCUGUGUCUGCAUCUUAUCACUGGGUGCUUGUGCGUGGUGGUGGGUCACAGUCUGUAUUUCCACCACGUUCUCCGAAGGUUUGGGAAUGUACGUGCCUUCACUGUGUCUUCUACAGACAGAGACAGCAGUGCUUCCCAACCUAUCAUGCAUAGAAAAGGGUCGUUUUUGUAAGGCACAUUGGAGGAAAUGAACAAAACUGUUCUCAACUUAAUAAAGUAAGUUUGGGCCUCUA